UUGAAUUUAUGACCUAGAUUUAUCAAAAUGGCAAAAUGUCGUAUAAACCUAACAAAUUCAGACCGUCCUCGUCUUUGACCAUUUUUCUUCUUGUUUUUCUUUAAUAUCUUCCUUACUAGUAUUUCUGUGUCUGUGGUUGAUGUCUGAAGUUAAACUUGUCUAAUUUCUAGCAUGAAAAAUUACAGUUCAAAUGGUCGGAAGUAGAAUCUAUGCUGGGACCAUGGACAUAGAGGUUGGACCAAUUGAAGAGACUGUUCAAGCAUUAAUGGAAUAUUUGGUUGGUCCAUUGCUACCUUUGAAGCAUAGCGACAUUUCAAAGAGAAUUCCAUCUGAAUCUCAACAGAAGUCUGUUGCUGAACAGGUUCAUGCUGCUGCGGUACUUUACAAUUACUAUCACAUAAAGCACCACCAAAAAAGAGAAUUUCUAAAGUUUGACCAGUUUUGUAACUUGGCUAUUAUGUUCAAACCGAGUAUAUUACACCAUAUGAAAUACAUGCGUCAAUCUGAUCGCCCCAUUAUAGAUGACCCUGAAAAUCAGCUUUCACUAACAGAGAAAGCAAUUAUGGAUGCAUGCACCAUAUCCGAGACUUUGCUGGAUGCUUCGGCUAAUAUCUCAAGUAUAAUAAAAGGAUGGCCAAUAACCAAAGUGGCAGUCCUGUUAAUAGACUCCAAGAGAGAGAACUGCUUCCUACAGUUCAACAAUGGAGUAUGGUCGGUCAUUGAAAAGGAAAUUUCUUCUGAAGUGAGUGGAAUUGGGAGUGAAAGUAAAACAAACAAGAAAAGAAGAAUGUUAUAUAUGAACAAAGAUGAUGCAGAAGGUGAAGCUGGGUUUCAGCAGCUUGCACUUUCUGCUGUCAAGGAAGUUGCAGGAAUCAUCACUGGUGAACUUGUGGUUUUGGAAGGACAUGUAGUUUAUUCUUUGAGUCGAGCAAAGACUGCUACUCGCUUUUACAUUGUGCAAAGCACCCAACCAAUCAGCGAGGAUAGUUUGGUUCCUAUUCAAGAUGCUAUUUGUAGCUUACAAGGCCCUGUGGUAAGGAAGAGUUCAGGCAGUUGGGUAAUUACUCCUGUUGUUGAGUACUAUCACCUUCUUCCAUAUGCUGAGAAAAUAUCAGAGUGGUUCUCAAGAGUAUCAAAUAGCUUACAACAUCAGGUGGAAGAAGGAAGCGCGGAUGAGAGCGUCAUUUUAGGCUCACAGAAGUCAUAUGAAAAGGAAAGUGGGGAAAGUAAGAGAGUCUCGUAUGAUAACGUGCAAAUUAAGUCAAAUUUGGAGUUGGAAAGUGUGCACAUGAGCAACUCAAGCAAAGAAAAUAGAUAUAAAUCCAAUAAACACUGUACUACUUUGGAACCUAUUAGGAAGGCACCACAAGAUGUCGCCACUUCUUGCUCGAUAGAAUUCGCAUUUGACAAAGGAGCCAUGGAAACUGAAAAUUCAAAUGGCAACAGGAUCACUGAAGCUUAUGGUGAUAGUCUGAAGCAGAAAGAUAUGAAUGGAGCAAGUGGAGCGAGUAAUAAGGGACUUGAUAGGCCAAUGGUUUCCUUGCAAAAAGGAAAUCAAAAUACUAAGAUGCAUACACCACUCAAGGUUUAUCGUCAUGAAAAGAGGUCUACUACAAAUGCUAUCAACAACAAGGAAGGGCUGAAGGGCUUGAAGAACAUGUCAACCGUUAGUAAAUGCAGAGACCAAAGCGUUGAUGGUGAAAAGAAAACCUGCAUUGACUCACCUCAUGAAAAUGCAAUACUAGCAGUGGAUUGUGCUCUGGCCUCCGUUCAGCAGAAUGCUGAGUCUAUUGAAGACUUUCAAAUCACGGUGGAUGCAAAGAGAUCUGAAUUAUCAGAGGCUGCCCUUCGAGCUCUUUUGAAGAAAAGAGAAAAACUGUGUAAUCAACAACGAAAUAUCGAAGCCGAGUUGACUUUAUGUGAUAAAAAGAUUCAGGCAAUCAUGCAUGGUGGCAUUGGAGAUUGCUUGGGUUUAAAGCUAGAGGCCGUUAUUGAUUGUUGCAAUGAAAUUUGCCAGAAAGAUGAGAAUAGAGACCUGCAUGUUGGUAAAAGCUUGCCAUUUUCAGGAAAGAGUUUGUCUGAAGCCCAGAUCAUAUUACGAAAUGCAUGCCAGGAACUGGAUGAUAUUUGUCUAUCAAACAAUUGGAUGUUGCCGACAUAUCAUACGUCAUGUUCGGAUGGUGGGUUUGUGGCAAAUGUAACUGUGAAAGGAACUGAUUUUGAGUGCUCGGAUGUGAGCGGCAUACAAGCAAGUAUUCGUGAAGCUAGAAACUCAGCUGCAACACUUGUGAUUAUGAAAUUGCAGCAAAUGGCCAUUCAGCAUACUACUGCUCUACAUUAGUUUAAAAUUCAAGUAGUUGUACUUGUGACUGUCAGAUCCAAACACUUGUAUUUCUAAGUACCCCUUCAAAGAUGCAGAAACCGCAUAUGUUAUAUGCGUCGCGUAGAAUAGUCAUCUCUAUGCCAAAUGUUUGUCGAGUUUCAGAUUUGCUCAUUAAUGAUCAACGAUUCUGAUCUUCCAUAA